UAAAUGUUUACCAACAAUUGACGAAAAUUUAUUAAAUUGCAAAAAAAUAUUAAAUUGUUUAAAUUUCUUGUCGAAAAACCCCAUUAAAAAAUGGAAGACGAUUACGCGCAAGUAGCUCGUGGUCCAUUGAAGCUGAAGAAAGACUCGGAAAUCAAGAAGAAGAAGAAAAAGAAGAACAAGAGCAAGGACAAGGAAAAGAUGGAAAAAGUUUUGGUCGAUAAGCCACCAGCGGAAGAGCAACAAAGCAAGGCACCCGUGCGACAAUUGACAAAAGCGGAAUUGGCUUUCAAGAAAAUGCAGGAGAAAAUUCAAAAAGAACGCAUAAAACAACGCGCAGCAAUGACCCAUAAACAAAAGGUCGAGAAAUUUAAUGAGCAUCUGGAUUCGCUAACGGAGCACUUUGAUAUUCCAAAAGUUUCUUGGACAAAAUAAAUUUAUUUUUAUCUUCAAUUUUUUUAAUUUUAAGGAAUGAUUUUAAUAAAAAAAAUAAUUUUACGAUA